AUGCAGGUCAAAGGUCUUUUGCCACUAUGUGUCUCCAGUGCCCUUAUAGGAGCCCAGGGUGUUGCAGCCGAUGAACAAACAACGACGCUUACGUCGACAAUCAUCACGUACACGACGAGCUACGACGCACAGGAGAAAGCUCUGCGGAUGGCUUCAAGUUCGAGUUUUGAAUCGGAAGUGUCGGCCAGCUCCGCUAGUGUUGCGAGUGAAGCAAGUGCAUCGAGUGAAGCAAGUGUGCAAUCGAUUUUGUCUGCGUCUUCCGCGUCAGUUGCUUCGCAAUCAGCCGCAAGAAUCGCUUCUUUGAGCUCUGCUUCCAUUGCGUCUGCGUCUUCUGCGUCUUCUGCGUCUUCUGCGUCUGUUGCUUCAAGAAGCCUUUUGUCUGUUGCGUCCGCCUCUUCAGUUGCAAGCGUGCUUACGGCAAGCGAGCUAUCUGCAUCGCAAGCGUUUUCUUUGAGUUCUGUGAGCUCUGUCAGUGCAGCUAGCGUCGCUAGCUCCAAAUCCGUCGAGUCUGUUCUUUCAGUUUCUAGACUGAACGCUUCUACUGCUUCCUUUCCCUCUGCGUCGACCAUCGCUUCAAUUACUUCGACUGUCUCUCAAAACAGCAGCAGCAGCUUAACUUUCGACCUACCAAGACCUUCGGCUCUAUUAGCCAUUGCCUCUUUGAACGGAACAGAAGGCGCAGCAAGCACAUCAGCGGUUACCACAGGUUCUCCUGUAUCGAGCUCUGUUUCCGCUGGUAACUCGUCGCAAGCGUCUACGCAAAAGAGUCACGGCGCCGGAGCAGUUCUCAAAUUCAACGGCCAUUUACUUGGUGUCGCAGCUGGUGCCGUUUUGGGCUUAUUGUAA